AAUUGCUCACAUCGCAUUUACACAUUCGGCGAUCGGCCUUGUUUGUAAGAAGCGAAGCAAAUUCAGUAGAAAAAGAAUAAAAAAUGGAAGUGACGAGCAACAAGCAUGUGAUACUCAGAGACUAUGUCACCGGCUUCCCCAAAGAAUCCGAUAUGCAAUUAGUCACCGCCGCAGCCACCAAGCUGAAGCUUCCAGAAGGUUCCACUGGGGUUCUGGUGAAGAACCUCUACUUGUCCUGCAACCCUUAUAUGAGAGGCCGCAUGACCAAGCGCGAACCCGGCGGCAGUUAUGUCCCCUCUUUCGUGCACAGUUCGCCUAUAACCGGAUACGGAGUGGCUAAAGUUUUGGAAUCGGGGGAUCCCAUGUUCAAGGAAGGCGAUUUCGUUUGGGGGAUGACCGCGUGGGAAGAAUAUAGUCUCAUCGCUGCCACAAAGGCCCUGUUUAAGAUUCACGACACCGAUGUCCCACUCUCUUACUAUACUGGAAUUCUAGGCAUAUUUCUAGUGCUAUUUUCACCAAAUUUUGAAGUUGAUGUCUUGGGAAAAUUGCUUAUGUAGCACAUAGCUAGUUAUCUGAAAUUUAUAUAAGGAGAAAUUAGGUUCUCAUCCUUCCUUUUGCUACUACAUUAAUUAAAAUCCUAUUCCUUUUCAAUUUUUGA